UCGUAUACAUACUUACAUUGUUGAAAAUGAUAUGUGAAAACGUCUGCAGCUGGUAAUCCUUGAGCAUACCGAGCUGUUGUUACCCCAGCCUAGUCUUUCAGUAUGAUUGUGUACUCUAAGCAGAGCACUGUGCCAAGUGGGAGCCACUUCGUUUUGUUGAUCAUACACCUCUCCUGCAAGCUUUCCAGACUGAAUACCAAGCGCCUCUGUGUUAAAAACUGGUCAGAGAUAAUCUGACUGUCGUUAAAGAAGCUCAAAAUGGCUCGUUCGGACGGGUGCAUCAUCUUCCUUCUCUGGGGGAUACUUCUUACAUUGAAACAAAUUUGUUUGGUGGAAAGUGUCGAUGCAAUGCAGGGGAGUUGUCCUGCGUUAAAUGGUGCGAGCAGCUUAACACAGACUGAACUUUUAAUUGAGCUAACGAACGAUUGCCGCUACGAUAAGAUGGUUCGUCCACCGGGUGAAAAAAAUGAUAGCGACCCAAUCGUAGUCGCUUCGAGAGCUUAUAUAUAUACGAUACAAUCGAACAUGGCAAAAACACUGCAAUUUGACAUACAGAUGAUGCUGCAGUUCCGAUACCUCGACAAACGGUUGAGGUUUGUCGAAAUUGCACCUCAUUUGUCACAAAUCAUUGGAGGCAAAUCUGCUAAUGACCUUAUAUGGACCCCUUCGGUUUAUGUUGCCAAUGAACGAAGCUCCGUCAUAAUGGGUAACGGUGUGAAAGAUCUACUUAUAUCUAUCGAUCCCAACGGUACUGUUCUUCUCACCUCCAGACUAGCGGCAACCCUCAACUGUGGCUUGCGAUUGGAAAAAUUUCCGUUCGAUGUUCAAGAGUGUCCGCUAACGUUUGAAAGCUGGACGAAUAAUGUUCAUGAAAUGAAAUUGGUUUGGGAUGACUCUCCAAUACUGUUAGCCAAAGAGCUUCAUUUAACCGAGUAUAGUCUUGUUACUUAUUGGGUGAACGAGUCAGACGUUUCGUAUACAGUCGCCCAACAGCACUACGGUCAUUUUGCGGGAAACUUCAGCGCCAUAAGUAUUACCUUCAAGCUUGCUCGUGAGAUGGGAUUCUUCAUUAUGGAUUACUACAUACCCUCGAUUCUUAUUGUUGUCAUUUCAUGGGUGUCGUUUUGGCUACACAUGGACGCGAGUCCCCCAAGAAUUGUAUUAGGAACAAAUACGAUCUUGGCAUUCAUGACACUCGCAUCCAAAGUCGAAAACUCACUGCCCAAGGUGUCGUAUAUAAAAGCAAGUGAAAUCUGGUUCUUGGGUUGUACAAUUUUCCUCUUCGCUGCCAUGGUCGAAUUUGCAUUUGUUAACACAAUCUACAGAAGAAAGAAAAAUGUGCCCCUGAAAAAGGUGAACAGCAAGUAUAUUCUAAAGUCAACGUUGACGCCAAGGCUUGCUCGAAAGCAAUUUCAGAAAAAUACUACCAGCUUGGAACGUUCGCGUUCGUGGUCUUCUCUGGAUCAUGAAAACGCGAAUGAUUCGGUCUACACAAGUCAAAAUUACCUGACCGUGCACAGUUUCCCAAGCAGCAUGAACAUUCCUUCUGUUACGAUUGAAGACGACAGAGAGCAAGACUCUGGUGGAAGUGUCGUGACUUUGGAUACCAUCGCUGCACCAGUAUCUCCACCAAAACCACCAACACGACGAGCCACUCUCGCGAAGCUAACAACUUUCACCACUAUGACACCUCAAGAGAUUGCUCAGUGGAUAGACAAGCGUAGCAGAAUAGUGUUCCCAGUCUCGUUUCUCAUAUUCAACGUUCUUUACUGGUCUUUUAUCUGGAUAUGAGAGUACCUUCCAAAUUUUUCGUGUCUGAUGAAUUAUUUUCUCAAUAUAUUCGUACCGGCAUGAAAUGAAAAAAAAUGAAUGGACAAAACUGUUAAAAAGUUUUGAGAGGUUUUUGUAUCUAGUAAUAAUUGAUAAUCGAGUCGCAAUCAUUUAGAGAAUUUAUUUCUCAGCAGCAUUAAUCAAAUCGUAGAGUAAGAGGUCUAUGCUUAUUCGGUACUGUAGCUCUUGGAACGUAUUCAAGUAGCAAGCAAGAAUCGUACCAGAUAAAUUUACUGAAACUGUAACCUGUUUCCCUCUCUAGUUAUAAAUUUUUAUUUAUUCACGUUUUUCAUCUUUACUUUCGAUGCAUCAAACUUGGCUUCAACGUUAAAUUUUACUCGUCUAUUGACGAAUUUUAUUAUUACAUAGUGAGAUCGUAUAUUCGAAUCUUAUAUGUUUCUUAUAUCUGCGUCCUGUGCCACUAGCUUACGUGUAAAUGCUUAGAUUUAACACAAAUCAGUUACACGUAAGAACAACAAAAGCCAACUCAGAGGUUCUAUCGUUCUUUUAAAUACUCUAUUCAUUCGUAUAACAGGUAACAGUGGGAUCUAGAAUUAGUACUAGUACAGUACGAAGUAGAGGAAAAGUUCGUUAAUUUUGCAUAUCAAGAUCACUGUUAAUCCAUAACUACUGUAAUGUAAGAGUUUAGUCAUUGACUGCCACUGCUAUUUAGAUUAAGCAUAAAUAAUUUAUCUUCCGAGAAGACCAAUAGUUGUGUAAAAGAAGAAA